CAUGGUAACUGUAAUUUCAUAAUCUGAUAAAUAAAAUGGCUACCCACAGGUACAUAGGGGAUAAGAAGGAUCAGCUCCGUCAUGGUAAAGGAGAAUACAGUUAUACUAACAAGUUCUUUCAUUACAGCGGGGACUGGGAGAAUGGAGUCAAGCAUGGUCACGGGACCCUCAGUAUGGCUGAUGGUAGCUAUUAUAAAGGAUCAUUCGUCCUUGGAGAGAUAGAAGGACAUGGAUACAGAGUAUUUGCUAAUGGAUCCACUUACACUGGUGAGUUCAGGCGUGGUGAGUUUAAUGGAGAAGGAUUGUACAGAUCAAGUGAUGGAAUGAGCUAUGAGGGAGAAUGGGAGGACAAUAAGAGGAACGGUCAUGGUGUAUUGAUAGAGAGGGAUGGGUCAGUCUAUGAGGGUGAGUUUCAUAAUCACAAGAAACAUGGAGAAGGGACUCUCACCUACAGUAACGGGGAUCGGUAUGAAGGAGGCUGGGUCUAUGACACAAGACAUGGUCACGGUCGAAUGAGCUAUACUGACGGGAGCGUAUAUGAGGGACAAUGGAGAGGGAACAGGUAUCAUGGUGAUGGGUCACUGGUUCAUGCUUCAGGUAUCCUCUACGAGGGACUCUGGAUUGAUGGGUACCCUGAAAUUGAGACAACACGACUGAUACUGGAGGGUAAGAACCCAACUCACCUGCACCACGAGCAGGGAAAGACCUUUGACGUUAGCUUAAAGUGUAUUGAUGAUUCCGGACAACACAUCACCAUUGACAGUGGGAGGACAUUCUCCAUUACAGCCCUGGCUGACUUCAGUAGUAUGAAGAAGGCAAAGUCUUCAUCAGUUUCUGUAGCUCAACUCCUCAAGAACACGUCACAUAUUGCAACACCAGUUGGCAAAUGCAUUCCUUAUGAUUUGUUACAAGUACCUCAGUACCUCUCGGCCAGUGAAGAGGAUAUACCUGAUCAAGUGUCAGUAAUGGAGGAGGAUCCAUCGGAACACGUUAACAUAGUCCCCCCUACCCCUAGUGAGGACAAACCCGGACAGGAAGUGGGAGGAGCUUUAGGUGGACUCCAGACCAGUUCAAUGACACCACAACUCCUUCAAACAGGCGCUAGUGGUUCUUUUAGCGGACCAGGUACUAAAUCAUUAUUUGUAAUUAACAAGAAGAUAAGUGGAACCGAUUCCUCAAUGACGCCUGAGGAGCAGUUCCUCUUCUCUCUCGCUACUCCUUCUACAUCUAAAAGUGUCGAAGGGAAAAUACUGUUUAAAGAACUCUUCAUUCCUCCGCCCCCUCCAGCCUCCAUUCCCAGUGAGGAGCAAGGGAAGCAAAAGAGUGUACCAAAAGUACCCUCUAAUACCGGAGGGGGCGGGGCAGGGGGAGGAGCUACUGGGCAGGGUAAAGGAAUAGCAGCUCUUGAUAGUUCUGGAAAGAGAAGGUCUUCUACUUCACCUGAUAAAAGAAAAACAGGAGGAGGUGUGGCAGGAGGAGGAGGAGCUAAGAAGAGUGGAGGAGCAACAUCAGGGCCUAAACUACAUGUAACUAAAAUGACUGAAAAAGAAAAACUGCAAUAUACAAAACGAGACACCUUCUGCCCAGCAGGUGUUUAUGUGUUGGUUGUUAAUGAAGUGACUGAUCCACCUUUUCUUGGCCGGCACUUGUCCCCAUUCUACAUCACAAUACAAAUAUCAGCACAAAGAAUAAUGAAAGAUACUUCACUAGAAAGAAUGAUUAAAGGAUCUAAAUCAAAUCAAGUGAUUACUCCUUCUCACUCUCAGCACCACUGAGAGGGAGAGGGAGAGGUUAAUGGUACUAUACACAUCAUGUACAUUGUGUAUCCAACAAAGAAGAACUGAAAUCUCUUUUAUCUUUUGAUCCAAAGCAUUAAGUCACUUUAUUUUCCUUAAAUAUGAACUUCUUUAUUUUGUAAAA